CAAGAUUUCCAGCGAAACUAUAAUGUUUGGACGUUGUCGGCACAGGCAGUUGUGCUUCCCGGAUCUUGGGCCUUUGCAGCAACAUCGCUCACAAUCGCCAUUUUCGGUGGCGGUGCGCCUGUUGCUAUCUGGGGGACUAUCGUCAUCUCAGUAUGCCUCUGCAUGGUGGUUGCUUGCCUCGCCGAGUUCGGAUCUGCCUAUCCAUCAGCUGCUGGAUGUACAUAUAUAGCUUCCAAGGUGGCUGGCCCGCAAUGGGGCCGA